GAGGAUGCGGUGUAUUGAUGCAUUCGUGUCACUUCCCAAUAUCCUAAUAAUCGUAUUUGUCUUUAAGGUUGGUUUCCACAAUUCGUUGAAGGCAUCUGCAACAAUGUCAACCACCAAAGUGAAAACUAUUCGAGAUUUCGGCUACGAUUUCAAUGCCGAAGGGAAAUUGCGGAAAAUUGAUCCACAAUCUGGUGAACCGGGAGAUGAGCCGUUCGACUUUAAUAUAUCCAAGGACCAUGCAACAAAUCAGCGAAACUAUGAGGCACUGGGCGAAACCAUCACGGAUCGUGUGUACGAGUUGCUAGAAGAAAACGGUUUACAUAAAAUCUAUGUGCCGCAUAACAUCCCGAAAGAGCAAGCGACAUUCGUCUUCGCAAACAAAAAGGAUCUGUCCGGCAGCAAGAAGCUUAUGGUCCUCAUCCACGGCAGUGGAGUAGUUCGAGCUGGGCAAUGGGCUCGCAGCCUAAUCAUCAACCACUCCCUGGAUCAUGGAACUCAACUACCUUACAUUAAAAAAGCAAUCGAACAAGGAUAUGACGUGCUCAUUGCGAACACCAAUGACAAUUAUCGCAACAUAGAUGGAGUGGAACGAAGAAUUCCACAGAGUGGUUCACCGACUGAGCACGGUGCAACAAUUUGGGAGAAGUAUGUAAUGGGAUCAAACCCGGAAGCUGUAUCGAUAGUUGCUCACAGCUAUGGCGGUGUCGUGACACUAUUCCUUGCCAAGAAAUAUCCGCAAUUUUUUAGCGACAAGGUGUUCGCCAUUGGUUUCACAGAUUCUGUUCAUUCAAUGUCCGGAAUGCCCGAUGGGGUCCGCGAAUAUCUCCGAAAUGUAACUAGGAACUGGGUGACGUCCACAAAACCCCUUGACGAAAAACUUGACUCAUCCAGUGGAGAUGUACUUCGUUAUUCUGCAGGUCAUACUAAACAUGAAUGGACUUCAUAUGCUUGUAUAUCAGCUCUCUUUAAGUUUUUCGAGACGAAAUAUGAGGAUUUCAGGACCAAUCCGAAGACUAAAAAGCAGAAAGUUGAAUUGUAAUAUGUACGUGAUUUUUGAAUGUUUUUUUUUUAAAUUUGACAAGUUUUGAUAAACGUUUUCUUUGUUCAAA